UCUGAAUCCAGCCCUAAGAUAUGAACUGAAAGGUAUAAGUCAUGUGCACCUUACUGGAAGGAGGAGCUAAUGCAUACAGUACAAAUAUUUCAGUCUGAAGAAGCUACUGUCUCUUUUUAGGAGCCCAAAACUCGUUAAACUAUGGCUAAAAAGAAGAAAAUAUUUAAAUCUAAAUCAAAGUCAAAUAUGGUGAAUGUGUCUUCUGUUAGGAGAAUGACUCCUGAGGAAGCCUCAGAAAUCCAUAAGGCCCUUUUUAAGCUCUCAAGCCCAAAGUUCCAGUGGGAGUCUCUGUUUGACCAAGAACACAGUCAGGAGGAACUGGAAAAAAUGUUGACUACCAACCCUCACGAGUUCAAACGCUGUAAACUUAAAAUGGAGAGACCUGACCUGGCAUAUGCCAAACCUCUCAAUGACCUAAAUUCCGCCAUCUGUAUCAGUGGAAGCGAAUAUGUGGGUAGAUCUUUUCCUGGAGAUGAGGUUUGUGUUCAGAUCCUGAGCAGAGAACUUCAGCCACAUCAUGGUGAAAUACUAAAAGGGAAAGUAGUAGGGUUGAUGGAACGAUCUGAAAAAUGCUGUACCGUUAUCUGUAAAAUGGAGGGACUUAAACAACUGGUUACACCUGUCAAAAGAAACAUGACCCAGAUAUGCAUCCUCCAAAAAAACCAAGACAAAGUGGAAAUACGAAAGUAUGAUCCCCAGAGUGAUUACUGGUACACAAAGGAAUAUACAGAAAUAACAGAGGAUCAACUGUUAGUUGUCAAAGUACUGAAAUGGCUAAAGAAUCGUAGGUAUCCUCUUGGAGUGGUUACAAAAGUUAUCUCAAAGAAAGACUAUUUUAAUGAAUGUCUCAAACUAGAACAUGGCAUUGAAGGCACUCCUCCCUCUGCCCAACCAAGAAUUGACCAAGAGGAAUAUGAAAACAGAGAGGAUUUCUGUAAAUACCGAACUUUCACCAUAGAUUCACUUGGAGCAGAAGACUUGGAUGAUGCCUUUAGUCUGAGCGAUGAAGGAGAACAAUAUAUGAUUGUGAUUCACAUUACUGAUGCAGCAAGUUACAUCAGGAAAGAUAGUGAAGAGGAUAAAUUUGCAAAAAAGCUAGGCAGGACAAUUUACAAUCCCACUGAAAUAGAUGCAGAUCCACUUUUCAUGUAUACCAGAGACACGAGUGAACAGUACUUAAGUCUACUCCCAGGUGAGGUCCGAAAGGCCAUAUCCUUGGUAAUAAUGAUUAACAAGAGCACCAGAAAGAUAGAGUCCAGCUCUUUUACCCUUUCUUUCAUCAAGUCUGAAAAACGGUUACCAUACGAUGAAGUAAAUAAGAUAAUAGAAGGUUUGGAUGAUAAUGAGCCAACUCUAGAUUUUACCAGUGUAGAAAACUGUGUUGCUGUGGCCUACUAUUUUUCUAAAGAACUUAGAAAGUUCAGGUUGGAGGGGACGUGGAGCAGCGGACAAAGAAAUGGAGACUGUAGGGCCAAGUGCAUGGUUGAAGAGCUAAUGAUUUUCUACAACAAUGCAGUGGCUGAAGAACUCAUCUCCAAUGAACUAACAAGAGAUCUCACCCCACUAAGAUGCCACUUCAAGCCAGAUCCUAAACUGCUGGACCAGUUUAAAACAAGAUACUCUAGUUUUCUGCCCUUCUCUUCUUGUCUCUCACAAAUCUGCGAUGUUUCAGGGGCAGCAUCUGAAGAAACCAAAGCUAAGUUGUCAUUCAUUCAUGUGCUUACUCCUGUGUUCCAGCAAAUGAAAGCUUUGGCAAAGAAAGAUUACCACAAGCUGGUUCAUUUUAUUAUAUCUGAUGAAAUCCACCCUACACUACGUCAAAUGGCAAAUGAAUUCAAGGAAAUUCAGAAAAAAUCUAUCAUCCUGAGGUCGUGCUCCAACUUGUCCUCCAGAUUAGGACAUUAUGACUUGCAGCUUAAUGCAUACACUUGGGCUUCAUCCCCCAUGAGACGCUAUCUAGACCUGAUUCUUCAGAGGCUUCUCCACAUUGUGCUCUCUAAAAAGCACCAUGUGGAUUACACAAAGGAUGAAAUCGAUCAGUUCUGUGAUGAAUGUGAUUGUAACGAGGACUUAGACUUGGAGUCAUUAACAUUUCUCAAGGCCACUGAAACUAGUUCUAGUAAUGUGACCAAACUGGCAGUAGUUGGCCGGAUUUCUCCAAAAGAACAUGAAUUUUUUAUCUCAGUUCCUCUUGACAGAAUGCCACCGCUGAUGAUCAAGUACAGAAACCUAAAAGUAUUUGAACAGCCAGAGUACAACUAUCAAGACAAUUCCUGCACUCUCAAAUGGAAAAGAAGAGUUUACUCAUUUAGUGAUGUCUUCAAGCCACAGCGACAGAUCUACAAAAAUGUAAUCCCGAUCCCAGUUAAAAAGUGGACCACAAUGAUAUCUGCAGUUAAAGAUGAAGACUGGGAUAAGGUCAGGGAGUGCCUCUGGGAUGUAAAAGAAGAAGAAAACCACAUAAUGCCUAUAAUGAUGUCAAAUGAGAAUCAUUAUAAAGAGUGGAACAUGGAACUCAAGAAAGCAGAAGUGUUACGAGUGCAGCUUGGCACAGAAAUAAUCAGUGAGGUCAAAAUGCUUGCAGUAAACCUCCUCACUGUCAAUGAACUCUUUGAGGUCUGUCUGGAGCAUGCAAGAAAUCCAAUCAAGUGUUUCACCACCACAGAUGAAUGUCAUCCAUCAAAACCGCAUUACCAGAAUUAUCAGGAGUACCAGGAAAUUUGGAGUAAACUCUGUGAAAUGGACACUGCUUACAAUGCUGUGGAAGAAAAUAACAGCGUGAUUCUUGAAAACGUGAACAUAACAUGGACGGAAACCAAAGAGACGUCUCUCAAAGGUCACUUUAAAAUGACACAAACACAAAGAAAAGACUGGUCUUUGGAAUUUGAUCUAACAAACUGUUACCUGUGCAUUCGACUGAGGGAUCAAUGUGCUGAAAAAGAGAAAGAGACAAAAGGACCACAGUGCAAUGGCUUUUAUUCUGAUUUAUCUGAUUUGCAAAACACUCUGCCCUUUACAUGGGUUGCUCACGGUGUACCGACCAAAUCUCAAACUCAAAGGCAAGGAAUGAACAAGAAGAAGAAGAAACAACCAUCAACCAUCCAAAUCAAUUUUCAAAUAAAAUAUGAAAAGAGGACAAAUUAUCCACCUGAACUUACAAAGGAGGAAACAAAGUUCACUGUAGAAGUCAUCCCAAAGAAAAUUCCAUACGUGCAAUACGAACAUGCGAUAGACAACAUAAGAAAAGCCAAUAACCUGGUGAAGAGUAUUGCAACUGGGACAGUUUUCAGGACCUUUGUAGGUAAACCUGAAGAGCUCCAUCCAGUGGAUAACUACGUGUAUGAGCAGUGGGACCUGAAACAUUUGAAUGAAAGUCAGGAAAGGGCUGUGUGGAAAGCUUUAAAUACCCCUUUUACUGUGAUCCAAGGACCACCAGGCACUGGGAAAACUGUGGUCGGGGUUUCUAUUACACAACAAUUCUACAUGAAGAACAAAUUUAUUGAAGAGCAUUGUACACACCACCCAGUGAGACAAGAUGAUGAUGCAUCUUCAAGUAAAAAAAAGAAGCGUGGAAUCCUGUACUGUGGUCCGUCCAACAAGUCUGUGGAUAUUGUGGCAGAGCAGUUAUUGAAGCUAAGAGGAGUCUUUAAGCCUCUUCGGAUCUACUGUGAUCAGAUGGAAAUGCGGGUAUUCCCAUAUCCUGGAAGUGACCUAAAGCUCUGUCGCAGAUCCCUCCGUGAUGAGCAGCCAAAGGAAGCUCUCAAAGAAAUCUCUCUGAUGCACUUGGUGCGAAAAUCUGAAAAUCCCUACUCAGAGCAGAUUAAAGCUUUUGAAAAGAGCGAUGCAGUUUUUGAUCCUGAAAGGUACAAGAAUGUGUUAAAGAAGGCUCAGAAACACGAACUCCAGAAGCAUGAUGUGAUCUUGUGCACCUGCUCAACUGCUCUAAAACCGAUCCUAAUGGAGACCAUGGACUUCCGACAGAUCCUAAUCGACGAGUGUGCCAUGGCUACAGAACCAGAAGCCUUCAUUCCUUUAGUCUCACAUAAACCUGAGCAGAUUGUGCUUUUAGGUGACCACAAACAGAUUCGGCCAAUCGUCACAUGCUCCCCUGUGAAGGAGCUCGGCAUGGAUAAGUCUCUCUUUGAACGAUAUAUGCACCAGGCAGUGAUGCUGGACACACAAUACAGAAUGCAUAAGAGUAUCUGUGAGUUUCCCUCAGCUGAAUUUUAUGAGGGGAAACUAAAGACUGGAACUAAGGAAAGACGCUGCCUUCUGUUGGACAAAAACAACAUGCCAACUGCUAUCCUGUUUGGUCAUGUUGAAGGAGAAGAGAUCAGUUUAUCAGUUUCCACAACGGCUGGAAAUGAACAUUCAGCAGCGAAUGAAUUGGAGGCCAAGCAAGCGGUUCGGGUUGCAAAUCUGCUAAUCCGUCAGUCUCACUUGAAACCAGAGGACGUUGUCAUUCUGACCCCCUACAAUGCACAGAUGUCUAAAAUCAAGCAGAUGUUGGAGAAGAAGAAAAAUCAGGCCGUUAAGGAUGUCAGUGUUUUUACAAUUAUGAAGAGCCAAGGGAGCGAGUGGCGUUAUGUGAUACUCUCUACAGUUCGUUCUUGCCCACUUUCUGAGAUAGAAGAUGAGCCGUACAAAUACAAAGGGUGGCUGGGGAAGAAACUUGGCUUCAUCACAGACCCAAACCAGGUCAACGUCGCUAUCACGCGUGCUCAGGACGGACUCUGCAUUCUGGGCAAUCGUUACUUACUGAACUGCAGUGCGCUGUGGAGAAGACUGCUGUCUCACUACCAGCAAAAGAACUGUGUUCUGGACUCUGCUGAGGACAUUAGAGUCAUGAAAGUUUAAGAAAUAUGUAAAAAGUGUGAAUAUGAAAUGGUGCUCGUCUCCCUGAGGAACAGGGAUCGUGGUGCUCAGGCUUGAUCAUUGGGGAUAAAUACAAACACAUUUAAAUAUAAGUCUAAUUUUAAUCUUGAACCUUUUUAUAAUAUUAAUCUUUGUAUAAUAAAUGUUUUGUAUUAUAUUUAUGUCCAUUUUUAAAAGAGCCAUAGAAAUAAAAUUGAAUUGAAUUUGAAA